UCCACCUCGGGUGCCGCCUGCUGGUGAGGUUCGGUUGGACUGACGGUGUAGCUCACACGCUCCGCCCCCCAGCGGACACACGGGGCAUGUUACUAACAGCUAUACGCUCGGUUCAAAGCGGUGUGUCCUCGGUUUUACACGUCGUCCGUCCCGGUUAAAGCUACUAAUAUUACAGACACCAAUGCCUUUUUAAAGUCCGGUGUUAAAACCACAGCGGCUGGAUGAGUGGACCAACAUUCACCCCCCCCUCUGCAGAGGUGGCCGAGAUGAGCCGCAUCCAUUAUGAUCUGGAGUACACAGAGGGCAUCAGCCAGCGCAUGCGAAUCCCCGAGACCCUCAAGGUGGCUCCGGAGAAGGAUAGAGGGGCUCUGCCGCUUCAGCAAGCCGAUCUGCCCAUUCACACAGCUCUGAUGCAAGUGCCAGAGAGGAUCGUCGUAGCAGGUGAUGAUGGGGACCCUCUCUUUUCUCGUCCACGAGAUUUGGACCUGAUUCAGUCGGUCCCUCCUGUGGACCUCCUGAGCAUGAAGGCUCCACCGCGUGUCCUCACCCUCACAGAACAGCCACUGGACUCACUUGAAACUGAACAAACUGCUUCUUCCCAGAGCAAUCCCAGCCAAGUGGCCCACUUUCAUGCUCGCUCUCGAAGGGAACGCAGUGUGAGUGAGAACCUAUCAGGCCGCCACAGCAGUCAGAUUGGCAGAGUUGAUAUAAGUGUAACCCCUUCCCCUUCUGCUCCCCCAGUCCGCUUGUGUCCCCCUCUCUGUUCCCCUGAGGAUGCACACAUGAACCUGUUCACAGCUGCCGGCUUCCUGUCUUAUAUCCAGUCAACAACACGUCGGGCGUACCAGCAGGUCCUUGAAGUUCUGGAUGACAGCCACCGCAGGACACACCUGGACCUGUCCCUGGAAAUAAACCCUGAAGAGUCUGGCUUAAUGGACGCCUCCUCACUAAGACGUCAGAUUGUGAAGCUGAACCGGCGUCUGCAGCUGCUAGAGGAAGAAAACAAAGAACGCUCCAAGCGAGAGGUGAUCCUGUAUUCUGCUACAGUGGCUUUCUGGCUUAUUAACACCUGGAUCUGGUUCCGUCGAUAAGAUGGGACAAGAUGGAGUCUCCCAAAACACUGGAAGCCAAAGCAAUUCCUUGUUAAAAUACAGUAUGAGUCCUUACUAAGACUUUACUGCAUCUAAAAGGCAACCACGGGGAACAACGACAUCAUUGGCAAAUGUCCUCCUAAAUGUUUCUAUAGCAAAUUUGAAGCUCAGCACCGACCUGAGGCCGUAAAACAUAACCAGUGUUUACAAAACGAAUGAUACACCAGUGUUUCAUAUCGACCUGAUGUCACAUUAGCAGGUACUUGCACCUGACUACAAACUGGAGCUGGUGGGAGACAACACCACUAGAACUAGAUGUAGAGCUAAAGUUAAAGCAGAUCUCACAUUCAGAGAUUCAUCUGUGUAUUUCAUUCCUGUAUAAACGGGCAAAUGACUCGCAAGACAAAGCACAAUGACACUACGACCGCUGGAUGUUGCAACUGCUUCAAAGUGGUGAGCUGAGGUUUGCUAUUUCGCUUUAUUAGGCCACAACUAGCUACAGCAUGAAUUGCUGACCAACAAAUAUAAUGUCAAUAUCUCUGAAUCGGUGUUGAAUUUUCUCCACCUUUUAGAUACCACACUGAUGCUCACUGGAGAAAUUAAAUGUGGUACGGAUAAUAUAGAAUAUGACCAUUAUUCCUUAUCUUUAGCAGAAGAAUGAUUGGAGGGGAGACAAGGAUUCAUGAUGGUUUCAGGUGACCACUUUUAAAGGGCCAGUGUGUAGGAUUUAGUGGCAUCUAGUACCCCUCCACACACCCCUUCCUCCUCCAAAUGUGCAGGAAACCUACAGUUGCUGCCACUUCAACAUAACAAUGCAAAAUGAUAGAUCACAAGGUGAGGGGUCAGCUGACGAAGCGUGAGCGGGUGAAUUCGACAAUGUCGAAAGCAGACAGCAGCUCGUGGCCCUUGCUUUCAGCGUAGGGCUUCAU